UCAACACAACUGUCAAAGUGUAGCAACUUCCAUUUUAAACAAAACAGUGAAAUCACCAUUAUCCUUCUUGUCUCUUUCCUCCUCCCUCCACCGAUCUUCGUGUCACCAUUUCUCUUCCACUAACGCCAUCUUUCCAAUUUCCCAAUGUUAGAUUCUCUUCUCUUCUCUUCUCUUCACUCACUAUUUCAUCCGACAAUUCACAAUCCUAACACUUAAUCACUCAACGUCUCACAACUAACAAUGCCGGAGUUUGCAUUUCACGAUCACCCUAACCGCCGUUUACGAUCAACCUACGGCGGACCAACCGCCAGUGAUGCUAGUCCUGACUCUUCAAUAUUCACUCUGUUUUCUUCUUCGGCUUCCGGUUCUGCUAGCAUUGAACGUUGUUCGUCAGCUUCAGAUGUUCUCGAUCACGACUCUCGACUCUCCGAUAUGUUACCGCAUUCUUCGUCCGAAAGAGGUUCAGAUCCAGACCCGAAAAGGAAAUCCACAGUACGUAACAAUGGUGGUCCCUACUUGAUAGGGAAGAAGGUGGACAAAGUGGAAGCUAUAAAGGAAUACCUUGAUGAAGAAACCGAUGCAGAGAAUCAAACAGUUUGUUCAGCAAGAAGCUCUUUCUCUUAUAAAGAUUGUGAAAAGCGGAAGUUAAGAUCUGAAAUUCUGCUACGGAAAUCUGAUCGGAGAAGACCCGCAAGUUUGGAUCUGAACGGUCAAACCAUGAACGUCACUAGCUCUUCGCCGCGAUUAGGAUCAACCGUGAAAACCUCUCGAAGAAGAGGCGCGUUUCCAAGCCCGGGGACACCAAACUAUCAUCUUGCAACUGUUGGUGUUCAGAAAGGUUGGAGUUCAGAACGUGUGCCGUUGCAUACAAGUACUAACCGGAGCACAUCGAUGCCGUAUAAUAAUGGAAAGACGUUGCCUUCCAAAUGGGAAGAUGCGGAGAGGUGGAUAGUUAGUCCAGUUGCCGCAGACAAUGGUUUGAAGCCUUCGGUUCAACAGCAAAAUCGACCAAAGUCAAAGAGUGGACCGCUUGGACCUCAUGAUGCUGCAUGCUACUCUGCGUACUCUCCUGCAGUGGCUAAUUUUGUCACUGAAUCACCACAUUUGACCGGAGUAAAUGUGGAUUAUAAUUCGUUGAUUCAGUACCAAAGUGGGUUUGAAAAUAAUGGGAACUUUUCUUCGCUGAUGGAUCAUUGUAUUGCAAGGUCAGUAAGCAUACAUGGCUGCUCUGAGUUGCUGGGCCAUUCACAGUUGCGGAUUACUCAAGAUGAAAAAAUUGGUUGUUCAAUAGACGCUGCAACCAAUGUGUCUCGUGAUGUAUCAAGGAGAGAUAUGGCAACCCAAAUGAGCCCCGAGAGUAGCCCCUGUUCGUCUCCAAGAAAAAGUACCUCUAGCUCUAUCCUGGCCAUAUAUACGCAGCAUGUUUAUUCUUCUAAAUCAGAUAUCAGAGAUGUACAGGUGGAUGAUCAAGUCACUUUGACUCCAUACACUAAGAAAAGUAGUGGUCAAAGUUCAGGUAAGGGGUCAAACAUUGUAGUUGACUGGAAAGACGAAGGUUCGGAGAUGAUAAAGAGCCUCUCGAAGGUUCAGAGGGAGGAAGCUAAAAUUACUGCUUGGGAGAACCUGCAAAAGGCGAAAGCAGAUGCGGCGAUUAGGAAACUCGAGAUGAAAUUGGAAAAAAAGAGAUCGUCAUCAAUGGACAGGAUUAUUCAUAAACUACAGUCAGCUCAGAAGAAGGCUCACGAAAUGAGAGAGUUAGUAUCAUCUAACCAGCCUCACCAAGUUGCUAAAUCUUCACACAAGACCGUGUCGCUCAUCAAGACUUGCAAUGUACGUUUCUUGACCGGCUGCUUUACGUGCCCUGCUUUUUGACAAACUAUCUGUAUUUGUUUUAAUCUAAUCAAGUUCUCUGUAUUUGUUUUAAUCUAAUCAAGUUCUAGUUUCGAACAUUAAUAAAUCAUGCGUCUUGAAUACA